UCCAUCUAAAACCCUAGAAAUCAAUCUCCUUGUCCCACUUCCCGCCGUCCUCGCCCUUCCCAUUCGAGGCCCCUCCCCACCGGCAUCUCCUCCCCCGCCGCCAUGGGCCGCAAGCUGCUCGCCGAGCAAGGGGGAACACCCAAGAGCAGCAAGAAGGACAAGAAGAGCAAAAACGACAAGAAGCGGAAGCUGGCGGACGAGGCCGAGGAGGAGGAGGCGGCGGCCGCGGCGACGACGGAGGGGGUCACGAACAGCAGCAAGAAGAAGCGGGUUGAGGAUGGACCCGGCGAAGGAGGGGAAGCAGAGAACGGCGCGGAAAAGACCGUGGCGGUGACCGGGAAGGGCUUCCAGGACGCCAAGUACGCACCGCUGCAGUCCUUCGCUGCCGCCGAGCUGCCGCCCCAGGUGCUCGACUGCUGCAAGGCGUUCGCGCAGCCGUCGCCCAUCCAGGCGCACUCCUGGCCGUUCCUCCUCGACGGCCGCGACUUCAUCGGCAUCGCCGCCACCGGAUCCGGGAAGACGAUUGCCUUUGGUGUGCCGGCACUGAUGCACAUCAGGAAGAAGGUAGGGCUGAAAGCGGGGAAGAAGGCCUUGCCCCGGUGCCUCGUGCUGUCGCCGACGAGGGAGCUCGCUCAGCAGAUUGCAGAUGUACUUACUGAGGCCGGUGCACCGUGUGGGAUAAAUUCAGUUUGCCUUUAUGGCGGAACUUCAAAGGGACCCCAGAUAUCUGCCCUUAAAUCUGGAGUGGAUAUAGUCAUAGGAACUCCUGGUCGUAUGAAAGAUCUUAUUGAAAUGGGUGUUUGUUGUCUUAAUGAGGCUUCCUUUGUGGUUCUAGAUGAAGCAGAUAGAAUGCUGGAUUUGGGUUUCGAACCUGAAGUCAGGGCAAUUUUGAGCCAAACAUCAUUUGCACGUCAGAUGGUUAUGUUCAGUGCAACUUGGCCUCUUGCUGUCCACCAGCUAGCUCAAGAGUUUAUGGAUCCAAAUCCAAUAAAGGUUGUUAUUGGAUCAGAAGAUCUUGCAGCUAACCAUGAUGUGAUGCAAAUUGUUGAAGUAUUGGAUGAUAGGUCACGAGAUUCAAGAUUACUUGCCUUGCUUGACAAAUACCAUCAAGCACAAAGCAACAGGGUUUUGGUUUUUGUGUUGUACAAGAAAGAAGCUGCACGAGUGGAAACAAUGCUUCAAAGAAGGGGGUGGAAGGCUGUUUCUGUUCAUGGAGAUAAGGCUCAGCAUGAUAGGACCAAAGCUUUAUCUUUGUUUAAAGAAGGGAAAUGCCCUUUAAUGAUUGCUACGGAUGUUGCUUCACGCGGACUUGAUAUUCCUGAUGUUGAAGUUGUCAUUAAUUAUAGCUAUCCUUUGACCACUGAAGAUUACGUCCACAGGAUAGGAAGGACUGGUCGUGCCGGCAAGAAAGGUGUUGCACAUACCUUUUUCACUCAAGCGAACAAGGGACUUGCUGGUGAACUUGUGAAUGUUUUGAGGGAGGCUGGUCAAGUUGUUCCUCCAGCCCUUAUGAAAUUUGGCACACAUGUCAAGAAAAAGGAAUCAAAAGUAUAUGGAUCUCACUUCAAGGAAAUCGCAGUCGAUGCUCCUCAAUCCACAAAGAUCACAUUCGUUGAUUCCGAUGAGGACUAAAGUAACAGCAAUAGCAGACUAAAGUAACAGCAAUAGCAGACUUUUCAUCCUUGCUCAUGGAAACUUGAUUUAUCUUGGUGAAUCGGCACACUGGUUGGCUAUGCAAUGGAUAUCAUCAGAUCAGGCAUUUGGAAGAUGAUUGCUGCAAAGGAUUCUUCAUUGGCAGUUGGCAACACCUAAUUAUUGCUCUCAUAGUAUCAUCCUAGUUUUAGGUCGGUUUAUUAUCAACAACAUUCUGCUUUUGCUUAUUUUUCAGACCAUCCGCACUAUACUUGGUUGUAUGCACCACAGUUCUCUUAUUGGAGACAGCUAGUUAAAUUCGAUGUGUACCAUAAGGGUACCGGCAACUCGGUUAUGGUUAUGAUUGAAUAGUAAAAAGCAUAUGAUUCUGUAGUUCUAGUUAAAGAAAAAGUGAAGAUGAUUCUCCAGUC